AAGCAAAUAUGGCGGCUAAUGCAAUGGAAACCGAUGACUUAGGCCAUUUACCUUCAAGUACCCUACGAAGAUCAAAUUCAGCUCCUAAUGUGAGCGCUGCUGUAGUGAGUGAGGCCAUUCCUAUAUUUCAGCCACUGCAGACUGCAAGGCAGCGUCGAUUUUCGACGAGUCAAAUGGCUGUGAACAUUGGAUCUCCUGCAUCAAGAAUAGCACAGAUCAAAAGGGAAGAGCUAGAAAGUAUGGACGAGGCAAGUCGGGAGAGACAAAUUGAAAGUGAACUAUCUCUUACAAUUGGAAUGCAUGAUCACAUGACUUUAAUGGAUCAUGAUAAAAACCAUGAUGCAGACAUGCAUGAACGACGCAACUCCUUUGAUGACCACAGACAUCCAUUCCCAUCACCAUCAUCGUUAUCAUCGUCACCAACAAACAAUCAGAGGGGGAUGAGGAACGCAAGAAGCCUCACUCCAAGUCCUAUACCAAGUCCUACUAGAACAACAUUCACGCGUAGAAGUCUCAGCCCUGUAUAUUUUAGACCAAGUACCUUGACACUGAAAAGAAAAUGGCCAUCAGAAGGCUUUGAGCCUGGAGUCAGUCCAUCAAAACGUCUCUGUGAUGUGUCACCACUCAACUGCUCUCCAAACGGUCCAGUUGAAUCAGAGCAUAUAAACUUUGAGGAGGUAAAUAAUAUUCAUGAGGAUCCUGGCAGCUCUUCAGCUUCAGAUGCCUCGACAUCAUCGUCAACUGCUACUCCAAUGCUCUUUGGAGAGUUACCAAGACAACCAUUGUACCGUUCAAAAUUUACUCCCCCAAGAUCACCUCUGGCAGGUCCAUCAACAACCCAAAGCCUCCCAAGAACACUAGGGAAUUCACCAUCUUGUUUCACCUUUUCUCCUGUUCAAGAUUAAUGAGAGCACAAGUUGAGAGAUACAUUUAGGUAUCUAUUUCUAUUUUGUAAUUUUUGUUUUCCUGAUUCCUUUUGGGGUACAUCUAUUUCCAAGAGCUGUAUGAUGGUUAGGUAGAACAGUCAAGUAAAUUUGAAAUCUUAAGAUUAGGGGUUCGUGAUAGUGAAUUUACCUCUGAGGUCCAAACAUCAGUGUACUAAGCUUUUAAAUACCACUUAUGAAAAAAGAGGAAAGGGUUGUAUAUUUGUACAUUUAAGUCUUAAAAAGAUAGCCAGAGUGAAGAGCUGCUGAGUUAAUGAGGGAGUGAAAAAUAGAAAAAUGAAAGGGUCUGAUUUAUGUUUAGUGUUUCACAUACUAAUCAUUAGGUACAAGCUUCAUACCACUGUUUGAGAAAAGAGGAUACUCAAAAAAUGUAGAAAAAACUUUUUUCUUACUAACAUCCUAUAUUGAUUUUUUACCCUCAGGUUUAUUUUUCUAUCCCAAAAAUAAAUGAACAUACAGUAUUUUAGAGCUUUAUAAGAGUACAUAGAUCCAUUUUCACAAUGGCAAUAGAUAAAUAUUAGAACACUUGCCAUUUUGUACAUUUAUUAUAAGAUAGUUUGACCAAAUAUAGAGUUAGGUAGUCAUCAUCGUAGGAUGGUAAAAAUCAAUUUGAUAGUCACUCUAAACAUAUAUUCCAAGAGUGUUGGAACCUUACAAUAUGCAAGAUUGGUCUCCAGGAUUAUUUGAUUGUCAUGUAAAUUUACUUUAAGUUUGUGGAUGUUUUUUCCCCCUCUAAUUUGUAGAUAAAUUAUUUUGAAACUUUGUGUUCAAAUCACCUUAGGGUCCAACAUGUAUUUUUUCUACCUCUAACACCUGUGUCAAGGAAAUUUUAACCAUAACUUACCAUUAUGUUGAGUUGAAUAUUUUGAUUUUGGACAUUGGCACAGACUGCUCUUGUACUUAUAGUUUCAGCACAGGUUAAUUCAUAAGUAGAAUGUACAGAACUGUACAGCUGUAGGGGUUCCAGUAAGUUUUGAGUUACAUGGGAAAAAACUGCAAAGUAGGUUUCUACUGGAAGUUUGAUCUUUACUCAAAUGUUAAUUUAAUUUCAGGGAAAAUAGAAGAUGAUUUUGCUUGACAAAAACAGCUAAUUUUGCUCUUGUUGAAACCCAUGCAGCUGUGCUUUUGGAGUGCAGUAGUUUCAGGUCAUACAAGUGCCUAUGUUGGAUUUUGAAAAGAUCAGAUUAUUGAUUUGCCUUGUCAUGAGUUGCAGUUGAAGUUUCUCAACCAUUCAGUUACUGUGUUUAGUUUCUAAACAAAGAUUUUAUCUGAGGUGAUCACUUAAAAUUUUAAUAUUCUAAUUAAUAGCUAUAGCCAUGUGAAAUGUAAAUGUUCAGUGACUUUCAGUGAUUACAACAUCUUUGAACUAGUCAGAGGGAAAACUCUUAUUUUCCCAUACCUAGUACAAGCAAGACUGAAAAAUCAUCCAACAAAGGCACUUGUUGAAAUCAAAUCUGUGAAAAUUUUGGUUGUUCUUAUGAAGUAUUGUCUUGCAUAAAACUCCCAGCUCAUUUUGCAUGUAUGAAUGUGAAAGAUAAGUAGUCUCGUUGAUUCAUGAGUGGAUUUUAUUUGGUGAUCUUGACCUGGUUGGGAAUGGUCCUCAACAGGGGUGUUGGUGGGAUGACCGGCCUUUUUUCGGUUGUGGGAACCGCUGAUUUGAGUUUUCUAAAGACUCAUCUUGAGGGCCUUGUUGGUUAGGUAGAUUUUAUGAGAUGUACAUAUCCAGAAUGGACUAUAUGGCAUUCAUCUGAUCAUAGCCUUUAUUCCUGGCUUUGAAAUGUUUCCCUGUAUUUACCAUCUUUUUUUUUAAAAGUACUAAUCCCCCAAGAUGUUUCAGUUUGGUGAAGUAGAUCUGUCAUAACCAAGUUGUGUAAAUAUGAUUAGCUGUAAAUAGGAGUGGUAAAGAGCUAUCGGGUUUUUUGCUUGUCCCAAGUUUUCCCUGACCAAGCAGUUUAUUGAGCAGCAGGCCAGGCUAGAGUUGAUAGAUAGAAGUGAUUUCAGUCAAACCUGUCACCUGUUUUCAUCAGUGAUGAACAUGUAACAAACUUAUGGGUCAGAGGCUGGUAUCAUGAUAUAAUGCCAAUGGAUAUUUUUAUCAGCAAUGGAAAGGAAAUAUGUAGAAUGUGAAAGAGAAGAUUGCAAAUGAGCUCUUGGGUGUUGAAGGAUAAAAUGCUUUGUUAAUACACCUAUUGACUGGGAAGUAGGGCUGGAUAGGAAAUUGUUCUCUCAAGAACAUGAUGUAUGGAACGAGAGCAAAUAUUUCCCUCUCAGCCUAACUUAUAUCAACCAAUAAGUGUUUUAUUGUAUGACUGGGGCUGGUUUUUUUUCUUGCAACUUUUCUUUUAGCCUAUUUCUUACAAGGUCAUUAUGCAUUUUCCAGUCCUACUUGUGAUAUCACUACCAUCAGUUCUCAUACAGGGACUUUGCAAUUAUGUUUUUUUUUUAACAAAAGUGUACACAGGGCUGUAUGGGCCUUAUGAUAAAUUUACCUUGUACAUUAUCUAUUCAUUUUCAGUCGGCAAUUUCAUUCUUUUCUCAAGUCUGGAUAACAUUCUCAAAGCUUGCAAGUUCAUUUAGUCAUUAUUACUUUCAAGUGCCAAAUUCACAGUCAUGGUAUUGUAAUAUCCAUAGCGUACAUGUAUGUGGCAAGAUCUAUGUAGCACCAGUUUUUAUAGUCAAUUUUUAUGGCUAAGAAUACUACAUGUAACUGCAACAGUUAGGACCAUUUAAAUGUGUAAUGCUAUUGUCUUUAACUACUGAUAGCUUAAAUUUUAAAUUGUAAAUAGCUCUCAGAAUAUUCAUUUCCUACAAGUAACUGACAUCAUUCAUAGAAUAAACACUUCAAAAGUAUUU